UUGUGCUCGCAUACAACGGACUGUGUCGUGUCAUUCCUUCCCACUGCACAAGCGGCUUCAGCUCUAUCGGGAAAGAGGAAAGACGAACCGGUUUGUCUGCGAAUAGCGUUUUUGGGCGGCUCUUUGCUCUUUGCUGUAGGUCGCUCGUCCACAAGAGAUCCUUGUGUACUAACCAACGCAACGCUCGGGGAAGUAUCAUAUCGCAUACCCCCACGACGAUGGCGGAAGUCGGCCAAAAAUUCGACGACGUUCUCCGGAACCUGGCGGGCCAGGCAGGGUCCCUCGAGGCCUUGCUAGGGGCGUUCUUUUCCUUCCUCCACAGGAACACCGACUUCUAUGUCACCUUCGAUCCCACCAAGACGGCCAGGGCGGGCAUGGGCUUCCCGGCUGGAAAGGCGGAAAAGCUCCUCCUCCGCGCGUUCCGAUCCUUCCCGUACAAGUCGUACGGAGUCCAGGACGAGCAACUGCCGGCGGCAGCAGGGAGAGGGCGAGGACCAACAUCGGCGAAGGAAGUUGCUGCGACAAAAAUUGGCCCUGCCGGGGGCUCAAUCUCGCGGAAGAACGAUACCCGAUCUUCUCCUCGGGAUACAAAAGCCGGCGGCGUCGACACCGCCCCUGGGCGUGGCGGUCGUGCCCCGGCACCACAAUCUUCAGCAGCAGCAGCAGCAGCUGCUGCUGCUGCACCAUCAUUACCAUCGGCGUCAACUCCCGGCGAAGGCUCCGUCGCUCCUUCCUCCACGACAACCCCGCCUCCUGAACCACCAACCACCGCCAAUGACAAACCGGCGGCGGCGGCGGCGGCGGCGGCGGGAGGCGUAAGCGUGCGCUACACGAAGGACGGAAAGCAGGUGCCUAUCGGCAACGGCGGCGUAACCGACAGGUACUACUGGACGCAAACAGUAAAUGAAGCCACGGUGUACGUCGACGUGCCCCCCGGCACUCGCUCCAAGGACGUGUCUUGCGUCAUUCAGCCUAGAUGGCUGAAGCUAAAAGUAAGAGGUGCAGGCGCGGCGGGAGGGGCGGGGGCAGCAGCAGCAGCAGCGGGAGCAGCAGCAGCGGGAGCAGCAGCAGCGGGGGCUGAGGACGUGGUUUUCGACGGGGAGCUACCGAGCGCGGUGUCGCGGGAGGACAGCAUGUGGAGCCUGAACGACGGCAAGACGGUAGUGAUAUCUUUCGAGAAGACGACCAAGUCGUGGUGGAAGAGCGUCGUCGAGGGUGACCCGGAGAUAGACACCUCCAAGGUCGACUCAACCACCAAGAUCAGCGAGUACGACGGGGAGACUCAGGGCGCGAUCCGCAAGAUCAUGUUCGACCAGCGGCAGAAGUCGCUCGGCCUUCCAACGAGCGACGAGCUCAACGCCGACGCUCUGCUUGAGAGGGCCAAGGUCUUGCCGGGCAGCCCGUUCCUUCCGGGCGGCGUGCUCUUCGAGGGAGAUAGCGGUGCCGGCGUUGUCGGUGGUGGCGGCGAUGGCCUUGGACCCGAUGGUGUGUGUUGACAGAGGUCCACCUUGCCCAGUUAAAUAGAGCUCGCUUGAUCUAGGCCGUCGAAUCCUCGCGCUUGUGGGUCGUUCUCCUGCAGCUACAGUAGUAGGAGCGGCGGCGGCACUAGCUUCACUAGCUUCACAGCCG